UGAAUACCGGCGCUUGGGGUCAGUAUCCUGGCGAGCGAUCGUCAGCCUGCCAGACGUGCGACCAAUACAACAGCCAGGCAGAAUAUAACGAAGGAGUAGCAUGUUGCUACGCCAUGUAAAGGUCAAAGUCAGCCCAAGAAUGAAGGCACUAAUUCUGGCGGCUCUGGGGGCACUUUGCCUUGCCCUGCCCAGCCAAGCAGCGAUUGUUCAAGUCUCCGGCGAUGAAUCGUCGGGAAUUUUCACUAAAGUCAUCGCCGACCCAACGGCGGCCGGCGGAGACUUCGGUGUUGUUGGUGACGGAGCCCAGACUUAUUCUGCAGCUGCCCAUCAAGGCGGAGGAUACAGACGACCUGGAGUUGUUGGAGCCAUCGUGGAUAACCUAAUCCACGGGGGAUAUCCCCAUCAUCAUGGUAGAUAUCCACCAGGAUAUCCCGGUGUAUAUCCUGGUGGAUACCCUGGAGGAUACCCCGGUGGAUAUCCUGGUGGAUAUCCUGGUGGAUACCCUGGUGGAUACCCUGGAGGAUUCCCUGGAGGAUACCCCGGUGGCUACCCCGGUGUAUACCCUGGACGCCGUCCCGGACGCUAUCCAGGCUAUCCCGUCGGCCGUUAACAUGGCGCUGCCUCCCAACGCCUUCGGUGUUUCAUCACCGAAUUCCAUUGACUGAAAAGUUGUUAUUAUUGUGUUACCGAGCGUCCAAUUGUGAGUCAAAUCAACAAACUUAUUGUCAUUUCGUAUGUUCCCGGUUUGUUGCGAUUUAUUCCUGUUUCCUUAUUUAUUCUCCAUAUUUAUUCCACGUUUGCUAAUUUAUUGUCAUGACGCAUUAAGGAAUUAAAUGCGAUUAGGAAAAUA